AUGUUUCGACCAUGGGAAAUGAGCUUGACAGCUGCAGCUGAGGCUGAUGAACCCCAACAACUUAAAAACACUCACAUAAAUUUAAAAUGGAUCAUGGCUUACUUGGAAUAUAGUGUUUAUCCAGCUAGUAUUCCUGAUAAAGGUAGCCGAGCAAACUUCAGGAGAUUUUGUCGACCAUUUGUAGUAAAAGACGGAGUUUUUGAUUACAAAAAGACAAUGGCCAAAGUAAUAAUUACUCCAGAAGAACGAACACAAAUCAUUAAAUUGGUUCAUGAUGGUGCUAAUAGUUCUUUGGAAGCUUCGGCUUUAGGUUCACAUCAUGGUCGCGACGCCUCGCAAAAGCUUUUGAGAAAGCGAUACUUUUGGCCGUCAAUGUUGAAUGAUGUGAGAGAAUACAUCAAGCAGUGUGAUGCCUGCCAAAAAGCAAACCCUGCGACAUUAAAAGUUAUUCCUGAUUUACAAUCAGUUUCAGUACCUAAGCAAGUGUUCAAACAAAUCGGUGUUGAUAUUAUGAUACUUCCAGUAGUCGAUAACAUGAAAUAUGUUGUAGUAGCAAUCGAUUAUUUUUCAAAGUGGUCUGAAGCAAGAGCACUUCCCGAUAAAAGUGCAGAAUCAGUUUCUCGCUUCCUGUAUGAUGAUAUAGUCUGUAGACAUGGCUGUCCUUUAAUUUAUAUUACUGAUCAAGGAAGAGAAUUUCUUAACAAACUCAUAUCAGAAUUGCUUCGCUUAACUGGUACCAAGCAAAGAGUGACUUCGGCGUAUCAUCCUCAAGCGAAUGGUUUAGUUGAACGCCAGAACAGAACUAUAAAAAACUGCUUCCUCAAAGUUCUGCAAGAUAAUAGUAAUAAGUGGCCUUAUAUUUUCCAAAGUGUACUAUUUGCACAUCGUACGACUCAACAUACUUCAACAAAUUGUUCUCCUUUCCAAGUCUUAUAUCAAAGAGAACCCAUAAUGCCUGUUAAUAUUUGUAAUUUAAAAUCAACCGAAGAAGGCACGAUAAUAUCUGAUGAUCUUAGUAUCAUAUCCGAUGAUGACGUAGGUAUUUGA